CACACCGGUCGCACAAAACAUAACAAAAACACAAUUCAUUUGAAAUUAAAAUCAUUUAAACUUUUAAUUAAUUGUGAAUUAAAUACUAAUUUGUAAUAUAUUUAAGUCAUAGCCGAUAGACACCGAUAGCCAUGAAGUUAGUCCGGUUUCUCAUGAAGUUAUCGCACGAGACGGUGACCGUUGAGCUCAAGAACGGAACAGUUGUGAGCGGUACGAUAGCGGGCGUCGAUGUGGCGAUGAAUACGCACCUGAAGUCCGUGAAGCUGUUGAAUAGGACGGGCGGCUCGCAAACGCUGGACUCCCUGUCCAUUCGGGGCAAUAAUAUCCGGUAUUACAUACUUCCGGACGCAUUACCGUUGGAGACACUUCUGGUGGACGACACGCCUAAGGCUAAGGCCAAGAAGCGCGAGGCGAUGGCCUCCCGAUCGGGUGCCGCUCGUGGACGAGGCAGAGGGCGCGGACGUGGAGGUCGUGGCGGCGGCGGCGGCGGCGGUGGUGGCGGUGGCGGCGGAGGAGGCGGUGGUGACUUUCAGAAUGCGAUCAAAGAUAGUGUAGAAUUGGUGGAGAAAUUUAAAAGCGAUCAAUUUAUACCCGGAUUAGUAGUGGGUAUCAAUUAUAAGGGUAAACAGGUUUGGGUCCAAAGUUUUGGCUAUUCGGACGUCGAAAAUGAUAUUAAGUGUAGAACGGAUACUGUUCUCCGGACGGGUAGUGUGAGUAAAGCUAUUGAGACGGCACUGGUAGCCAAACUUGUUGAGUCGGGAAAAAUUAUAUGGAAUUCAGAGAUUCAUCAAUAUAUCAGUGAACAGGACUUUCCAGUCAAACAAUGGGAAGGACAAGUGGUGAAUAUAACAGUCCGACAGUUAAUGUCAAUGACAGGAGGCAUCAGAUCAUCGGAAGAAUUACGAGACUUCCGUCGUAUCCUCGACUGCCAUAACGUGACCGACACUUUAGCCUAUUUUCGUGGGGACCCACUGGUGGCCAAACCGGGCACUAAAUUCUAUUACUCCAACUGGGGCUGGCAUUUGAUCGGUGCUAUCAUGGAGUCCGUUACCGGACAAGACUUUGAGGUCAAUAUGAAUGACUUGUUCGCAGAAUUUCACAUGAAUUCAACUCGACUUUCAAGACAUGAGCUCAUAAUCCCUCACCGGAUCAGACCAUACACUCGGACACGAACUCCUGAUAAGAAACAUUGGAUUCUGAAAAGUGCGGCACUUAUUGAGGACUUGGGUAGACCACUGCCAUGGCUUCCAAUGGGAGGCAUUAUCACAAGAUAUCUGAAAUCGGCGACAGUUAAAGAACUGUGGACUCCUAGACUAUCUGGUUAUGGCAUGGGAUGGUAUGUCGGGAAAUAUACUGAUCCUAAAACUAAUGCCACGGAUAAGCAGUUUAUCCAUUAUUCUGGUUCUGUUGCGGGCAGUGUAUGCACUGUAGCAUUGGUUCCAGAGUUAGACAUAUCAGUGGCAAUGAUAGCCAAUAUGGGAGGCAUUAAUUUGGAUAAGACAUCGCUAUCUGUUUUGAAUUCAUUUGUAAAAAUAUUAAAGAGUAAGGUUUGGGUCCAAAGUUUUGGCUAUUCGGACGUCGAGAAUGAUGUUAAGUGUAGAACCGAUUCAGUUCUCCGGACGGGUAGUGUUAGUAAAGCUAUUGAGACCACACUGAUGGCCAAACUUGUGGAGUCCGGCAAAAUUGUGUGGGACUCAGAGAUUCAUCAAUAUAUCAGUGAACAGGACUUUCCUGUGAAACGAUGGGAAGGACAAGUGGUGAAUAUAACAGUUCGACAAUUAAUGUCAAUGACAGGAGGCAUCAGAUCAACGGAAGAUUUACGAGACUUCCGUCGUAUCCUCGACUGCCAUAACGUGACCGACACUUUAGCCUAUUUUCGUGGGGACCCACUGGUGGCCAAACCGGGCACUAAAUUCUAUUACUCCAACUGGGGCUGGCAUUUGAUCGGUGCUAUCAUGGAGUCCGUUACCGGACAAGACUUUGAGGUCAAUAUGAAUGGCUUGUUCGCAGAAUUUCACAUGAAUUCCACUCGACUUUCAAGACAUGAGCUCAUAAUCCCUCACCGGAUCAGACCAUACACUCGGACACAAACUCCUGAUAAGAAACAUUGGAUUCUAAAAAGUGCGGCACUUAUUGAGGACUUAGGCCAACCGCUACCAUGGCUUCCAAUGGGAGGCGUUAUUACAAGUGUUCCCGAUUUGCUAACUUUCACUGAUAUUAUGAUUAAGAGUUAUAAAGGCCAUGGAUAUCUGAAAUCGGCGACAGUUAAAGAGCUGUGGACUCCCAGACUAUCUGGUUAUGGGAUGGGAUGGUUUGUGGGAAAAUAUACUGAUCCCAAGACUAAUGCCACGGAU